UACAGUGAGAGGCAGUCCCACAUCAGGGAUGCUGACAGUGCCCCCCAGCCCAUGGGAGGGACCCAGCCUCAGUGGUCCCGGUGCUGAGGCUGAGGACCGCGUCUUGCAGAGCUAAGGCCACUGAGUGGGCUUAAUUGCUUCAAGUCAUGCGUGUGUCUGGCUGGCUCUGGCCGGCUCCCUGCUGCCUCCUAGGGUUGCCUGGAGCCCACUGGCUGCCCAUGGCUGGACCCCAACCUGUGGGGGACUCCCUGGUGGUCAGGGGGACCUGCACUUUGUUCACAUCUGAAGGGAGGAGGCAGCUAUGCCCUGCGCCUCGCUCACCCCACCCCUGGAGAGGGUGGCCGUGCGUCCUGCUCCUACACUGGCUUGUGUUUCAGAGGCUGAGGGGAUCUGGCGGUGGAGCGCUAGGAUCAGACGCCCCCGCGAUGACCAGCUCCCCCGUCUCCAGAGUCGUGUACAACGGCAAGAGGACCAGCAGCCCCCGCUCCCCACCCAGCAGCAGCGAGAUCUUCACCCCUGCCCACGAGGAGAACGUGCGCUUCAUUUACGAAGCCUGGCAGGGCGUGGAGCGAGAGCUGCGCAGCCAGGUGCCGGGUGGCGAGCGGGGCCUGGUGGAGGAGUACGUGGAGAAGGUCCCUAACCCCAGCCUGAAGACCUUCAAGCCCAUCGACCUGAGCGAUCUGAAGCGCCGGAGCACUCAGGAUGCCAAGAAGUCCUAGAGCGCCAGGCGCCCCUCCACGGCCUCCGGAAGAUCAGGGUGCCAGGUGUCGGUUCCCUCCUGUCCCUUGGCUCUGCUCCUGGGAUGGGGGUUCUUGCUCCAGCAGGCUGCAGACCCCAGGACCGGCGUGACUGACGGCUCAGGCCUGCCCCUGCUCCCCAAUCCCCCUUCCUUCCUCCUUGGGGGUCUCAAGCUGCCCCCGUCAUGGGGGUCUGGGCCCUGCCCACCCUCCCACCUCCCCCAGCCACCUGGCUGCAUCUUUGAAGCUGCCUGGCCCCCAGGGGACCUGACCUGACCUCUCUCCUCUCCCCUCAUCCCCCUCCUCUCCCGUCCCUGGCCACUGCAGGAUCAGGAGGGGAGAAGAAUGAGUCUUUGCUGCCUCCCAGGCUGCUGAGACUGGGCUGUUUUUGUCUUUGAAGUGGCCAGGACACAGGACAAGGGCAGCCCCACCUCAUCCAGCUUGGGUCCCCCGAAGACCCUUGCUGCUCCUGUGGCCUGGACAUGCUGGGGAGCUUCUCACCCCUACCCCCACCAUCUAGCCUGGCCCCUUCCCUGACUUAGCUUCAAGAUGGCACCAGCUCUCUGGGCCUAGGAUACUGCCAGGCCCCCCAAAGGGGUCCCUAGCAACUAGGCCUAGCCGCGUAGUGUCUGCAGCCACAGUGGCCCCGUGGGCAUGGGCACCCAGGCUGACCCUGAGGUGCUGCUGCUGGGUCUGUCCUGGCUUGGGGGUGUGCUGGGAGGGUCACCAGGGCCCCUUUUUCUUCCUGUGCCCUCUGAAAGCCAAGUGUCUGUGUGGCUGUGGAGCGUGAGGGUCUAUGAAUAAAGGCAGUGGCACUGGG